AUGUCCCUAGGCGCCAACAGAGGAGGAGAUGAAACAUGGUUGAUGGCUAUCGGUCUUAGCAAAAGCAAGACCCUAAGACAUGCUACCCCCUUCUGGCAACAAGCGUUUCUCUUAUCCAGAGUGUCAGGUGUCAUGUUCACGAUCUACGGAGUACAGCAGUUGUUUAUACCCUGCCCAGCUACAUUGAAACGAAAGCUUUGGCAACCACAGAAGUCAGAGUUUCUAUAUCGAUGUACGACCGGACUUGUUGAUAAGAAUGCCCAUGGAUGCAUCAUGGCAGACGUCCAAAAGGCGGUUAUUGCAUGCCCAGCUACGCUAGUUGGCAACUGGGCCAAUGAACUAGUAAAAUGGCUGGGCAAGGACGCUAUAAACCCCUUUGUGAUCGAUGGGAAAGCUUCGAAGACGGAACUAACAUCCCAGCUAAGGCAAUGGGCAAUUGCUUCUGGCCGAUCCGUUGUCAGGCCCGUGUUAAUUGUUUCGUAUGAAACACUGCGAAUGAAUUCAGAUGAACUUCGGGAUACCCAAAUUGGGCUUCUUCUCUGCGAUGAAGGGCAUCGGCUGAAAAAUGCUGACAGCCAAACUUACGUAGCACUGAACAAGCUCAACGUCCAGAAACGCGUCAUCCUUUCUGGAACUCCAAUUCAAAACGACUUGUCUGAAUACUUCAGUCUUCUCGACUUUGCGAACCCGGGCAUACUAGGGUCACGCAGCGAAUUCCACAAGACAUAUGAAAUUCCCAUUCUCCGUGGCCGUGAUGCAGAUGGGACCGAUGAGCAGCAGAAGAAAGGCAAUGAGCGCCUUGCUGAACUUCUUAAUCUCGUUAAUAAGUUCAUUAUUCGAAGGAGCAAUGACCUUUUGUCCAAAUAUCUCCCCGUCAAGUAUGAGCACGUUGUCUUCUGCAAUCUUGCUCCAUUCCAGCUGGAUCUAUACAACCACUUCAUCCAGAGUCCUGAAAUCAAGAGUCUCCUUCGUGGUAAAGGAAGUCAGCCUUUGAAGGCAAUUGGUAUUUUGAAAAAGCUUUGCAAUCACCCUGAUCUUUUGAAGCUCUCAGAAGAUCUACCAGGAUGCGAGCAAUAUUUCCCCGAAGAUAUGACGGUAUCCAAUGGCCGCAGAGGGGACCGUGAAGUUAAGACUUGGUACUCUGGUAAAAUGAUGGUCUUGGAUCGAAUGCUUGCACGUAUCCGACAGGAUACUAAUGAUAAAAUCGUCCUGAUCAGCAAUUACACGCAGACAUUGGACCUUUUCGAGCGUCUGUGCCGAGCUCGUGCGUAUGGCUGUAUACGCCUUGACGGAACUAUGGGUGUUAAGAAACGAUCAAAGCUAGUCGAUAAAUUCAAUGACCCGAACGGAGAAGAGUUUGUCUUCCUGCUCUCCAGUAAGGCAGGCGGAUGCGGCAUCAACUUGGUUGGAGCAAACCGUUUGGUACUCUUUGAUCCCGAUUGGAACCCUGCUGCCGACCAACAGGCAUUGGCUCGAGUGUGGCGUGAUGGCCAGUCAAAGGACUGUUUUGUUUACCGAUUCAUUGCCACUGGCACGAUUGAGGAGAAGAUCUUUCAACGUCAAUCACACAAGCAAUCUCUAUCAUCAUGCGUGGUUGAUUCAGCCGAGGACGUCGAGCGCCACUUCAGUCUCGACUCACUGCGAGAACUCUUCCAGUUUAAGCCAGGCACGACCAGUGACACACAUGAUACCUUCAAGUGUAAACGCUGCAGGCCGGAUGGGACACAGCAUAUCAAGGCACCUGCAAUGCUGUACGGCGACACGAGUUCCUGGAACCAUUUUGUCAACACAGGCGAGAAGGGUCCUAUGAACAGGAUCCAGGAUUUAUUGUUACGACAGGAAACGACCGAGCAAGCAGUCAGCGCAGUCUUCCAGUAUAUCAGCCAUUAA